UUUUUUCUCCUCUCCGAAGAUUUCCUAUGCUGUCCUUCGUGAAUGAAUACAUAAAGAUAUGAUUGUACCGUGUUAAUAUCGGUGAAUACAUUUGGUGAUCACAACAUAUUUAUUGUCUUAAUGUUAAGUGAGCGAUGUUAAGAGUAACUAAGUAGUCAAUGCAUCUGAGUAGUAUUGUACUGCGCCGUAGAUAGGAGACGCGACUACAAGUUAUCGACCACUAUUCUAUUUGAGUUGUAGACUUUAAGUUUUAUUUGUGAAGAAGGUUUUGAAGAAAAAUGGCGUCCACAUCAGAAACCGCUUCUGAGGCGCGGUUUCGCGUGCUCAUUACCGGCACCACAGUCGUUCUGGGGUAUGCCGUUGUAAGACGGUUGGUAACGAAUAAGCCUGGGAUGCUUGAAAAUGUUGUGGACUACGUGGCUCAAAUGUUUUCCGAGACUACGUCUGACGAACGAAGUGCGCAGUUGAGGCAAAAUAAUAGGAUGCGACGAGGUGGAAUAGACAUUAAGGGAGGUGGUCCUGCGAGUAUCAAUACAGCAGAGAUGAUGCCCUUAGAAGGGCAGUUAUGUGAAGCAUUGGCUCAGAAGCUACGUGGAUUGGAUGUUUGCAUCGAACUACUACAACGGCAAAUUGAGGACACGCAAGAUGACGCAAAGCAACGAUUACUAGUGGCAGACAGAAAAGGAGCUUUCAAGUGCCUCUCGCAUCGAAAGGACCUCAACACACAGCUCCAGCGCCUAGAACAAAGGCGGUAUCUAGCAAGGGAACGUAUCGAUCAGCUCGACAAAACGACCUGUGACAAAGAGGUACUUUUCAAAUACAUACUAGCUUAGGUAUCUGAUUGACUUAUACUUUUUUUCUCGAAAGGCAUGUUCUUCGGCCGCUCCUACUUACUACAGUUUUUACGAGUCGACUUGCGGUUUUUUUUGUGCCAUUUUCGGCCCUGCUGUUAAUACUAGACUUCGUCCUACAUAGUUUCUUCUGUGUUCAUGGAAAAAUAUCUAGGUCGUUUAGUUUUGGCUCUUGGGUUAGGGAGACUGAUCUAAAAAGCGACCACAGAGAAGAUAAUUUAGAUGAUCUCGAUUCGCAAUGCAAAUAUCUAGGUUGCGUGCGACCUGGCGAAGGCGACCUUGUUGAAUUUUUCCAUGGCAGAGAGGAUGGAUACGAGCAUAUUCCUCUUUAAGUUGAAUCGAUUCGGUUCAACGCAGCCUCUGAAGACCAGACUCGAAGAACGAAGGGGCUGGCCGACGCUGGUCAGUCAAGGAAGCCUGCUGCAAAGGAGUGGUGCUGCGCCCUCGAGGGGCGCUUCCCCCUCUAUAGGCUAUCAGCCGGCUAGUCCACUGUCUGCUUAUCAGCGCUCGAGCUUGGCCGUGGGCAUGAUGAACGCUAACAACGGCCCAGCUCCCAGUAGCGCAUACAAAUAUGCACCGAGUGGUGGGGAUACGUUUGCCAACCGCGUCAGUGGUAAUCGAGGCAGCACGUACAAGUAUAACGAUAACGUCUAUGUUGGAGCAGCGCCGCCGGGUGCGUAUGAUUACACGUCCGCGACGGCGCCUCAGGAUGAGAACCCCAGCGCUGGCGGGGUGUUUUCAGCUAACUACAGUAUGACGCAGCAGCCAGGAUAUAACUACGAGCAGACAUUACAGGAAGAAAGCGUGUCGCCGCUCAGUUUUUACCCCGCAGCACCAGUUGCACUUGAAGCGGCACCAACCACACCAGCGCCACUAUCUUCGCCGAUGAGAUAUUCUUAUAAUUUUGUGGGUGAGCAAGAGCAAAAGCUGAACAGCGGUGCUUCUCUCUAUCCGUCGCUCGAUGAUUUGAGCGUACCGGUUUCGCCUCUUUCUGGCCCGUCCUCACCGGUAAGGCUGAGCUACAACAAGAACACAACUGGUGCGACCGCGAGCACACAAAGCAGUAGCAAUCCACCUUUCCAGCCGUUGAAUACUGUGCUGCAACAGCAGUUAGCUGGGCUGCAACAACAAGCAGCUUUCGCGCCAAGCGAAAGACCACUGGGAGGCUCCACUAACGAUAACAGCCAAGAACGAAUGUAUGAGAGUGUCCACGCCACUAGAUCCAGCGGUUCCGUGCCGAACAGCGUUUACCUGGACGAUCCGGAGUUCUUUGCACAAUCAGAAGAGGGUGAUGUUGGGAGGUACUCCGUGGCGGACGGCCUAGGCCUUGGCUUUCGCCAGGACACGUCCUCUGCAGCUUUGUUGCAAAUCCCGGAAGCAGAUCAGGAGGAAGAAUUUACCGCAGCGGUGGCUACGAUGCGGUCGAGCGCGGUGCAGCAGCGCUUGUCUAAUAUGACGACGCAGCAAGUAAAUACUAUGACCAGUACUCCUGCUGGCGUUGCGGUGCGGGCCAGCGCCAACGCGGGGAAUUUAGCCGCGCAGGGGCUGCCCAUUCAACAAGCCCCACCCGGCUUGGCCUUGAACCAAACAGAAGAUCUUGACGAGCCUGGAUCUGCCGAUGCGAAUGCUAGUAGGCGUCCGCGCGGUCGAGCCACGCACAUCACAAAACAGCAUCUGAUGGAGUUGAGCUUUGCUCCUGGGCCGAAAGUUCCAAAGCCGCAGGUCGUGGAGAACAAGUCAAGCUCCGAUGGCCACAACGAGGCAGAAUAUGAGCAGAUGACAAAGUCGCAGAAACGGAAGCGGAAGUGGAAAAAAAAGAGUCGCACGUCCUCCGUGCCAGCAAGGACUAGCCAAAUAUCCGGAGAGAGUGCUGGUGCUCCUGGUGUUGCGCCACGCUCGUCUUCCGCGAUUGGUGCGAGGGACAACUUGGCGGAUGGUGCGCGUCGCAGCAUAGCUGCCGUCGAUCAUCUAGCGGCGCAGUUAGACCACUCGGGCAUUCCCUCGAGGGCGGAGUCCCGCAAGUCCUCGAAAGUCAGCCGCGUCGUGGAUGGCUACAGAGCGCAUACGACGGCGAGCAGGACACGCACCUCCAUGCCGGUGGCAGACGUGGAGGGGGUCGUACGUCUGUCGCAACAAGUCGCAUCAGCAGACUUUAGGAACCAAAAUCUAGACUCCUUUUCCGGUAGUAACAAUAACAAAGUAACAGAACUACAGACGCCUCCAGCCACACCACCGCAACGCAAAUCGCAGUUCAAGAACAGACCGACGCAACAAGCGGACUCAGGUAUUUCUCCAGGAAACUGAUAGAAUAGAUAAAUUUCAGACGUAGAAGCAGGAUGUAGUGCGUUUUUUUGUAACGAAUGCAUGCUGACGUUUCUCACGCUUAUUUUAGCAUAUUAAGAAAGUACUUUUUAACAAAAUCGAGCUGACUCUAUUCUGCAUCAAGUCCUCUUUCUUGUUGAGUAUUGACUCUUCUUUUCUUAUCUUCACCGUAUAAAAAACUCUACUAAACCAGAUCUCGACGCUGCUUUCUAG